GUCAGGAAAGGUGCAUAAGCGACCCUGAGUGUUUGUUGUCGUACGAAUUGUCAAAGUCUGAUCGAUAACCUCUUUUUUUCACCAUGGAAAUUACCUUACCCAAUGCGUCUAUCACUCUGAAGGCGAUAUUCUUCACACAUCUGAUUCUUACAGUAUGGAGUGGCAUGUGUGGAUGCCUCACCGACAGUUUUGUGCUCUACAACACUAUCCUCCUUAUCACCAUUAUAUGGAGUCUGCACCACCGUGAGUCAGAAGAAGCCCCCUUCAUGGCCUUUUGUGUUAACAUUCUCUCCAUCAUGUUUGACAUUGUCAAUAUGUCCUUAAAUUGGCCUGCUGUCCAAACUGGAGGUGCCAUGACAUUUGGUGCAGCCAUGGCAGUCAUCAACCUACUAGUACGGCCGCUGUCGAGCUACCUUCUCUACCGCAUAGUCCAGGACCGAGCAGGGUCAUACGGCACUUUUGGACUGCCUUCUGGAUUUGAAAGCAUCUUUGGUGGACGACGCAGCCCCUAUGAGGACAUUGACCAGCCUCCUCAGCAGACGCCUUCUGGGAUUGAUACUCAGAAUACUGCAGCUCCAGGGUCACCACCAGACAAUCUCUUCACCACCUAAAUACCUAGUUGGCAAUUGGCAGCCAGAAGCUUCAUCUUUUGAGCUUUAUGUUGAUGAAUAUGAAUUGUUUUCAGCUCCUCAAAUGGACAUAAUUGAUGAUUGCUUUAUCUGCCAGUAGAUACAUGCCGAGGGAAACAAAAGGGAAGAUUCUAGUCUAAUGAAUAUCUUUGGCAAUUCAGGUUCUUCAUCUGAGGUAUGGAAAGAAUAUAAUGCAAAUAACAAGUGUGAUAGUAAUCCAGAGUAUCAAAAUAAUAUCACUGUGUGAAUUUCUUGAUUAGCAUAGAGUUUAAUGUUAACCUAAUGCCACCAGGAAAAUAUAGUGUUCACUGUAGUAUUACUUUAUGAAAUAUCAUUACACAUAGAUGGCUCCAUAAGUACUUAUCCACCAAGGAGUCACAUUAGUAGACCUUGCCUGAUUUCACCUUUCUUUGACAUGGAUUUUAGAUUUUCUCCAAAAUCAAGGAAGAGGGUACACAGGUGAGAUAGAUAGUAAUUGUAAUUGGAUCAUUGGUGAUUUAGUACUGGUUGAGCCAUCUUUGUGUAAAGACAAUUAAUAAAGUAAACACAGUGGUCAUGGCCAUCCCCGGUGAUGUCAGGUUAGAUAUUUACUUUACAAUGGAGAAUUUUUAUAAUUUCCCAUUAUACAUUCCAUUUUAACUAAUCUUGCACAGUGUUUAUUUCACAAACAAAGUUUGAAUUAACAUGUCUUAGCCUUAAAGAACACAAGCCCAUGCACACACACAGACACAUAAUGCAUACACCUGUACAAACACAAUUUUUUGUACAUGCAUACGUACGCUCACAUGCAUUCUACCACUUAUACACUUACGCCCACACCAACCCAGCCACCUACAUACUCACCCACCCUCUCUCCUUUCUUCCCUCCCUCUCUUUCUCCUGCAUCCAUUCAUAUCUUGUGUUGGCUUUGAAGGGAGUGUAAUUUUGAAGUAAAGGGGAACUUGCCAGGUGUGAUAGCACAUCUUUCCCUGCUUUUUGUGGCUGUAACAUUCUUCCUUUAUUUUUUUAAUUUUCACCCAGAUUUUGUGUUCAUUAUACUCUGCAUUCCCUAGAUAGGGGUAUACAUUAUGCUGGUUUUAAUCCAGUGUAGAAAGCUUAUUUUUUAAGUGUAUUCCAUGCUUAUGAGGUUUAGAUUGCUCUCCCUAUUUUUUACAAUGAAAGUGCAUAGUGAUUGAUUUUAGAAUACUGUCCAAAAUAGAAAUAAAACUAUAUAACAAAAUAGUUUAAUAUUACUAAGAGUAUGUAUAAGAAAAUUAUUAUAGUAAAUUUAAGUAUUUUUGGUACAUGGACACACAUGCACACAGGUGUGUGUUUGAGUGUGUUACAUGUACAUAUUUAUAUGUAUAUGUGAAUGAGUGUGUUUUGUGCAUAUGCGUGUGUAAGAGUGUAUAUUGUUUAUGCAUAUCUAUAUGAAUGGAUUGUGCUUAUGUGCUUGUGUGUACAUGUACAUUUGCAUUUAUGUAUAAAUGCAUGUGCAUGUGCAUGCAUGUAUCUUGUCUGUAUGAUUUGCGCACUUAAACAAUAUAAACACAUUUGAUCCUUUCUGCCUUUCACAAUAAGAUCUGAAUUUUAUGUUAUAGUUCACACAAGAUAAUAUUCAGGAGUAAAAGUUCAGUUCAAAUCUGUAGAUACAAUUUUUUUUAUGUCAACUAUAAUAAUUUAGGUUACAGUAUUUAUUGAACAAGCAAAGAUAAUGCAUUGUAGAUGAAAUGCAUUAAUUGUUUUAAGUGAGUUUUUUAUAACUGCACAAUCAUUUGGAAGUUUUUUUUUAACAGAGUGCAUGCUUAUAUAAUUUCACCGUAAGAUGAAUAAAACUGUACACAACCUUUUGGUUACAUGAAGUUGAAAACCUGCACUUAUUAACAUCACAUAUUUGAAAAAAGGCUGGAUUUACAAAGGUGCUGGAAGUGAAUUUAAUUUAUUGAUUCCAUCUUUGCUCUUUCCCUGGCUUUCUUUUUUUGUUGUUGAGUGAAGGAUCUGCUUUAUGUAUGUGCAAAUACGAGUGAGAGUAUGCUUAUGCUUGUAUGAUAGUGUUUAAAAUAAUAAAUGGUGUUAAUAGAAAAUGUGUAGAAUGUGUAUCUAUUUUGUUAUAACAUUUAAGGUUUAAUGGACUGCUAACACUAUAUCUGGUUUUAUGAUAAGGGUGGUAAACAGCUUUCAUAUGCCAACCCUUUCUUUAUUUCUUCUUCUCUCCGAUAUAUCUUGAUGUUUGUAUUUUUCCAAGGCAUUUCAUAUCUUUUUUUUAUCUGGAAUAUUUAGAGUUUUAGAGACAUUCAUGAAUUAUGCCAGAAAUGUGCCAUGGACGUAAAUACCUGUGUUUAAAGCACUUGAUAAUAGUGGAUCUAGAGUUGGUUUAAAUUCUGUUGGUAAAUGUGAACAAUUAUCAUUCCAUUUGGUACACUAUUCUGAUGUAACAUAUUGUCUGAUAGAUUAUAGAAUGAAUUUUCAAAUACAUAUGUGUACUUACAUAUACAUAUACAUAUAUAUAUUUUUUAUUUCUUUAUACUUAAAAUUAUUAGAUAUGUGUUUAUUAGUGGAGUGCAUAAACCUAAAUGACAUAGCUAUGAAUUGUCUUACACUUAAACCGUAGCAGCUCUGCUUGUGCCUUGCUAGGCUGGUAAGAGAUUGUUUUCAGCCAGUGCUACACACAGUGAUGGCUCCUAAACAGAAUCGGAUAAAGAUUAUCUCUGUUGCCGAGACAGGUUAUUCUGUAGGUGUAAGUUGGAUUAUUAUAUGCUACAUACCAAAAUGUUCUUUGUGCAGAGAGUGGAAGUUAUGUAUGUAUGCUCUUGAAGACAUGGGAACUUGCAAUGGAAAUUCUUAUAUUAUAAUUCCACCUUCAGAAAAUCUCCCACGUGUUUUCAAGGGUAUUCUUUAUUUUGUACUUAAAUGGAAAAUGAUUGUGUAGAUUUUUUUUCCUUUAAUCAAUAUGUUUCAUGUUGCCGUUCAUCAUAAUAAAUCUGCCAGUGAUUGCUGCAUAAACUAU